CAAAUCUGUUAAAAUCUUCUUUGAAAAGUUUUCAUUUCUGUUCAUUAAACAUUUUCUCUCUUCACUCAGGUACAGAUCCGUCCGUAUGUACAGCUUUCUCCGUUACGCUCAGAGAUUUUUUUUUUUAUUAUUUCUCAUUAUUUUUUUAUUUUUUUCUGGCGGCCUCGUAGAGUUUAUAUAGCACCCUGGCUGGCAGUUCGACAACCCUCAAAAAUUUCCCAAAAAAAUUAAAAAAAAAAAAAAAAUAUGAGCUCCGAAUCUGAGCGGACGGCAACCUCCGAUGGGGUUCAGAUCCACCAGAGCCGGAGGCUGCCGGACUUUCUUCAAAGCGUGAAUCUAAAGUACGUGAAACUGGGUUAUCACUACCUGGUUUCCUACCUCUUGACUCUCUGUUUAGUGCCUUUGAUGGCCGUCAUUCUCAUUCAAGCCUCCCAGCUCAAUCCCGAUGAUCUUCACCUACUUUGGCUCCACCUACAGUACAACCUUGUUAGCGUUGUAAUCUUCUUCGUUGUUCUUGUUUUCGGAUCCACCGUAUACAUCAUGACCCGACCGAGAUCCGUCUACCUCGUUGACUAUUCCUGCUAUCGCCCGCCGUCGCAUCUCCAGGUCAAAUUCCACCAGUUCAUGGAGCACUCCAAGCUCACCGGUGAUUUCGACGACUCUUCUUUGGAGUUCCAGCGCAGGAUUCUUGAACGCUCCGGUUUGGGCGAGGAGACGUACGUCCCUGAAGCUAUGCACUAUCUUCCUCCUCGGCCAUCCAUGUCCGCCGCGAGAGAAGAGGCGGAGCAAGUCAUGUUUGGAGCCUUGGAUAACUUAUUCGCCAAUACCAAUGUCAAACCUAAGGAUAUCGGUAUUCUCGUUGUGAAUUGUAGUUUGUUUAAUCCAACGCCAUCACUUUCGGCUAUGAUUCUUAACAAGUAUAAGCUGAGAGGUAAUAUUAGGAGCUUCAAUUUGGGGGGUAUGGGGUGCAGUGCUGGCGUUAUAGCCAUUGAUCUUGCUAAGGAUUUGCUGCAAGUUCAUAGGAACACUUAUGCAGUUGUUGUUAGCACCGAGAACAUUACUCAGAACUGGUACUUUGGAAACAAGAAGUCAAUGUUAAUACCCAAUUGCUUGUUUAGAGUCGGUGGUUCUGCUGUUUUGCUUUCGAACAAAUCGUCCGAUAGGCGGCGAGCUAAGUAUAAGCUCGUACAUGUCGUGAGGACUCAUCGUGGGGCUGAUGAUAAGGCCUUUAGGUGUGUUUAUCAGGAGCAAGAUGAUGCGGGGAAAACCGGGGUUUCCUUAUCCAAGGACCUCAUGGCCAUUGCUGGUGGAGCUCUUAAGGCUAAUAUUACAACGUUGGGUCCCCUCGUGCUUCCCAUAAGCGAGCAGCUUCUUUUCUUUUCUACCUUGGUGACCAAAAAACUGCUUAAUGCGAAAGUGAAGCCUUAUAUCCCGGAUUUCAAGCUCGCUUUCGAUCAUUUUUGCAUACAUGCUGGUGGGAGGGCUGUGAUUGAUGAGCUUGAGAAGAAUUUGCAGCUUCUCCCAACACAUGUCGAGGCGUCUAGGAUGACUCUGCACCGGUUUGGUAAUACUUCGUCAAGUUCGAUUUGGUAUGAGCUGGCUUAUACUGAAGCAAAGGGGAGGAUGAGAAAGAGAAACCGUGUGUGGCAGAUUGCAUUUGGGAGUGGUUUCAAAUGUAACAGUGCUGUUUGGGAGGCCCUCCGGAAUGUGAAACCGUCUCCUAAUAGUCCAUGGGAAGAUUGCAUUGACAAGUAUCCAGUGCAGAUAGUUGCAUAGGCUCAGCCACAAUUCGGGUAGAUGCUUUUAAUUUAGAAAAAAAGUGAUACCAUGAUACCCAUGAACGAGACAAUUAUCUUGUUUUUUCUUCGUCCCUUUUACUUGUGUUUAGAAACUUUAGAUUUUAACUUAUUGGUCAUGGUAUGUGUUGUUUGGGCUUGAAAGCUAUAACAUGUCUGGUUAUGUUGUAUUCUUUAGUAUUACUGUAUGGCUUUGUUUCUUAAA